AUGGGGAAGCCGAAAAUCACGCCGGUGGAGGAAGACAAGUUCAUCAGGUCGCCCAAUGUGCACGGGCUAGUGGAGUGUAACUUCUACAGCUUCCUCAACGACAAGGUAGCCGCCAUGGUCAUGUACUAUAACCCCGAAUGUCCGGACUGCCAGCGACAGAGAGCUCACAUCAUUCGAGCUGCCAAAGUGACCAAACGUGACAACCACGCCUACGCCGCCGUGGACUGUACCAAAGAAAAGGCCCUGUGUAAACGGGAAGGCAUCGUCCGACUGCCCACGUUCAUGCUCUACACAAGAGGCCAAGUCCUCAGCAACAGAAGCUUUCCCAUUGACUACAUCCGCAUGAAAGAAGUUAUGGAAAAUAUUGAAGCUCCUCCCCCUCUGCACCCAGGCAGAGUGCCAGUGGAUCCUGACUGUCCACGGAUCGUCGUCCAGAAAUAG